ACAUUAGCCUUAACAAUCACAAGAGAAAAAUGAUGAAAAUAUCGAACAUUCUUCUUAUUGUUAUCUCCAAUAACACUACAUUCUUCAUUAUUUCCAUUCUAUUGACAAUCUUCAUUUCUUUUAUUCUUAAGAAAUGGAAUAGUAGUGUAAGAAACAAUAAACCACUCCCUCCAGGUCCAAAGUCAUGGCCUAUAAUUGGAUGUUUUCCUCAAAUCAUCCUAAAAAAUAAGCAUGCAUUAACUCAUCGAAUACACAAAAUUAUGGAGGAAAUGAAUACUGAAAUUGCUUGCAUUCGUGUUGGUAAUUAUCAUGUUAUUCCUGUAACUUCUCCUGAACUUGCUUGUGAGUUCUUGAAGAUUCACGACUCUAUUUUCUCAUCCAGGCCUAUUUGCAUGUCCGCGAACCUCGUUAGUAAUGGCUACUUGACCUCAAUUUUUCUCCCCAGUGGUGAUCAAUGGAUGAAAAUGAAAAACAUGCUAACUUCCCAUGUGUUGUCACCAAAAUCAUUUCAAUGGCUUCGUCCUAAAAGGGACGAAGAAGCUGACCACCUUCAUCGAUUCGUUUACAAUCAAUGUAGCAACCAACUUGUUAUUAACUUAAGGGAAGUAACAAGAUAUUAUUGUGGGAAUGUAAUUAGGAAUAUGAUUUUCAGCAAGAGAUCAUUAUUUGGAAUUAUAGAAGAACAAGAGGAGCAAUUUGAUGCCCUUUUUACAAUUCUUGAAUAUGUUUAUUCUUUUAGUAUAUCAGAUUACUUACCAUGGUUAAGUGUUUUUGAUUUGGAUGGUCACAAGGCAGUUCUCAAGAAAGCCUAUGCUAAAGCAACAAAACAUAUUGAUAUUGAAUUACAAACAAAUAAUGUACAGGUACUCAUGUUGGCAUCAGUGGAUAAUCCUUCAAAUACAGUUGAAUGGGCACUUACAGAAAUGUUGAAUCAACCAAAGUUGAUGCAAAAGGCUAUAAAAGAACUCAACAUUGUUGUUGGGAUCAAUAGAUGGGUUCAAGAAUCAGACUUGUCAAGGCUAAAUUAUGUCAAGGCUUGCAUAAAAGAGACCUUUCGACUCCACCCCGCUAUAACUUUUAAUGUUCCUCAUGUGUCUGUCUCUGAUACCAUCGUCGGUGAAAAGUACUUCAUCCCUAAAGGGAGUAUAGUGCUAUUAAGUCGUCUUGGACUUGGUCGGAAUUCUAGAGUGUGGGAGGAUCCAUUAAAGUUCAAGCCGGAGCGUCACCUCAAAAUGGAAGAUGGUGGUGAAGUAGUUCUCACUGAUUCAAACUUACGUUUGUUAUCAUUUGGUGCUGGAAGACGAAGUUGUCCAGCUGUGAAACUUGGUUCAACAAUUACUACAAUGUUACUUGCUAGACUUCUUCAAGAAUUUACCUGGAAUUUACCACCAAAUUUACCAUGCAAUGAUUUAAAUGAGUCUUCUAAGAUUAAUCAUUUUUCUGCCUUACCAUUUCUUGCUCAGGCAAAACCAAGAUUAGCUAAGGCCAUGUAUCUUUAAGCUACAAUAUUUUUCGUAUUCAUCUAUCGAAGUUUUAGUGUGUGAAAUUAUUUUUGUUAGGAUAUACUAUUAACCAUAUGGUUUACGUUAUAGUAUUGUCUUUUCAUCCUAUAUAUGUAAAGAUUGUUAUUUUGUUUA